AUGCAGGCGGGCUUGUUGUCUAUGCCAAUCGAAAUUUGGGAAACCAUUCUCUACUGGCUUCGCCAGCUUCCUGCAAGCCAGCCAAUAGACCAACAGACCGAAUCGAUUCACAUAGAACAAUACUUUGAAGAUGACGACAAUCAACGCCUUCGAAAAUUUCAAAAAGCACGCGACCAUCUUCCUUUGAUCGAUAUCCUAUCACUCGCCUCAGUCAACCGUUCAUUCUAUCGAGUGUUCUCUCCUUAUUUUUUUGAGCGCUUAGAUUUCCAAGGCUUUACCUUGGAUAGACUAAAAUCCACACAAGAAAUUAUUCAAAGACAUUCAGAUCAUGUUAGAAUACUCCGGUGGCGAGUCUCAGACUACAAAUCGCUUGCUAAGGAGCGUGAAGUAAUCAUGAAUGCAAGAGAUAAUAAUGUACCAGUUUGCGAUCAACAAUGGGAUCCUCAGUCUCGAUCUGAAGUUAUAAUCAAAAUCUUAACAUCUUGCCCAAAUAUCCUUGGUAUCGACCUCGAUCUCGAUCCAAAAUCUUCUAUACCUAUCAAGACUGGAGAGAUGUUGUUUCCAAACUAUCAGCUAAACGAUUCAACAUUAUCUACUCAUCCUCAAAUGCCGAACUUACUUAUCGGCCCCAUCUCACAACUUACUUCACUUAUUCAUCUUUCACUGAACUCUCCUAGUGAUCGACCACCUUACACAGAAACCUUUCUAGUAGAUAUUCUCAUCAACAUUCCUCGACUCCAAACUUUUGCUUGUUCAGGGAUUGCAGCGACUCAUCCGGAUACUUCAGAUCUGCGAGAAGGUUGCCGAUCUCCGCUUGGCCUUCAUCUUGCUUCCCUUACCCAUCUCGUUGAAAUACAUUUUGAUAAGGUGGAGUGUUUAGAUUCUAGUUGGACAAUAUGCGAUUGGAAGAGUUCAUUGAAAUGUUUAUCAUUAGUAGACUGUGAUCGAGUCUCAGUACCAGUCUUCCAUGAAUUCAUCAAACUUUUUGCCUCGACUUUGUCAUCAAUUAUGUUCAUCAAUCUCGCCCUUUACCGUAGCACUUUAGACUCAGCCGCAACACUUCAAGACUUGAAAGAUGAUAAAUUUCAAUUUGAUCUACCUAGCCAAGAUUUGGAAGACUUAAUCCGAGAUAAAAUUUGGCCCAAUUUGAAAACGUUUGAAAUCACGAAUCGAGCACGUUUUCUUCGUCGUAAAGAGGUUGAUGAUUUAGAAGCCUUGUGUCAACAACAUUCAGUUGAGAUGAUUUUCAAUGGCACGUGUACUGAUGAGGAAGAUAUUUUUGACCACGGCAUACCUGAAUCACAUGUUCACUUGCUUGAACUUCUUCAGGGUGGUGCUGGGAAUUUGCAAGAUAAUUGGGAGCUUUUAUUUAAAUGUAUCAUUAAGAUGGACAAGUUGAUAAAGAUCACUGUAUCACAUUGA